AUGGUAAGUCAUUUCGUUACGGAGUCUCAUGGUCUCGCCAUCGGUCGCGCUAACUUCUUGAAAGUCGAGCGCUAUCCAGAGGGCUGGGCGCGCCUCGCCGCCGAACAGGAUGAAUCAGUCAACAUAGCGAUCCACCGCAAAUUCAGCUACCUCGGGAACCGUUGCCUCCUGUACUACGAGCAGAAGAUCACUCGCAUGGAAGACCAGCUUCUCGAGAUGGAUUGGCAAAUAGCCAACGGAGAAGGUGUCCAGGGGCAGCCGAACCAACACCCUACACAGUCGGACGAAGAGCCUGAUCCUCGUAAUCAGAAGAUAGAAGCAAUAUUCGAGAAUCUUGCGCGCUACCAACAGGCAUUGCUAAAUGAGAAAGCUAUAGCAGCUCUCUACGAGGUCGGCGACGCAGAACAUAAGUUAAGGUACGACAAAGUUCGGAACGAUGGCUACCUUGGUCAAGAUGAAAUGAAGUACCUAUGCUAUGUAAACGACUUCAUCAGCACACGACCAGAUAAGCUGCGGCUCGCAUUCGAGAGCCUGUUUUACAAGAUCCCGGACUCUUCCUUCACCGUGAGUAAUCUCCCUCCACUGCUCUAA